AUGGAAGGAUAUCCCGAAGGUUAUGAAGAAGAAAUUGAUCUUGUAGAAGAAAUUGAUUUAUUGACGAAUAAUGAUGAUUAUGCUGGAGUUGACGAAGACUUAGAUGAAGAUGAUCAAAUGCAGCUUUUAAUUCUUCAACAACAAUAUGCGCAGGAAAUACCCGAAGUUGUUAAAAAUUUCAUAAUCUAUUUUCAUCGUAACAUUCUUGAAAAUAAUGUCUACGAAUUACACGGUAUAUACGAGAAUUCUUUUAAUCGGUUAACAGAAAAAUUUUAUGCGAAAACGCCUUGGCCCGAAGCUGAUUAUAUUGCACCAUUGGUCAACGAUGAUCAGGUGUUUUUGACUUUAUAUCGUGAACUAUAUUAUCGACAUAUUUACUCAAAACUUACCCCUACCAUUGAACAUCGAUUCCAUUCAUAUGAGAAUUAUUGUGACCUUUUUAAUUUUAUUUUGAAUUCGGAGGGACCUGUUAGUUUAGAACUUCCUAAUCAAUGGCUUUGGGACAUUAUUGAUGAAUUUAUUUAUCAGUUUCAAUCAUUUUGUAAUUAUCGCAGUCGUCUCAAGAACAAGACUGAGGAAGAAAUCGCUUUAUUACGAGACAAUAUUCAAGUUUGGAGUUGCUAUAGCGUGUUAAAUGUCUUGUAUUCACUCAUCACAAAAUCUAGAAUUACUGAACAAUUGCUUGUAAGCAAACAUGGUGGUGAUAUGAUUGAAGCUGCGGGUGAAUAUGGUUCACGUACUUUAUACAAAAUGCUUGGCUAUUUCAGUAUCAUCGGUCUUUUGCGUGUUCAUUGUUUAUUGGGCGAUUAUACAUUAGCGCUCAAAAUGAUGGAUAAUAUUGAGCUAAGCAAAAAGGCUUUAUUUGCGCGUGUUACUGCAUGCCACGUUACAACGUAUUAUUACGUUGGGUUUGCAUAUAUGAUGAUGAGACGAUAUGCAGAUGCAAUCAAGGCAUUUUCACAUAUUCUAGUCUUUAUUGCAAGGACAAAAAUGUAUCAUACAAGAUCUUAUCAAUUCGACCAGAUUAAUAAGAAAGGUGACCAAAUGUAUGCGUUAUUGACAAUAUGUAUUGCACUUUGUCCAACUCGUUUGGACGAAAAUAUUCACCCUCAUUUAAGAGAGAAAUAUGGUGAACAUUUGAUAAAGAUGCAACGAGGCGAGGAAGGAUUACAAACAUUUGAGGAUUUAUUCUUAUAUGCCUGUCCAAAAUUUAUUUCACCAAACGGGCCAAAUUUUGAAGAUCCGAACGCUUUAACGCAAACUAUUGAACCUCACCAUCAUCACGCAAAAAUUUUCCUUUCCGAAGUGCGUCAUCAAAUUCUCAUCCCAACAUUACGGUCGUAUUUAAAAUUAUAUACUACUAUGGGAAUUGACAAGCUAUCAGCUUUUCUUGAUAUUGACGCUGAAACAUUAAGAACCCAGUUACUUAUUGUCAAGCAAAAAUCGCGGCAACAGAAGUGGACUAGUGGAACCUUACUUGAAGGUGAAUAUGUUACUACCUCGGAUUUGGACUUUUGUUUGAAGCAGGAUAUGAUUCAUAUUGCUGAAUCCAAAGUUGGACGACGUUACGGAGAUUGGUUCUUACGUCAUAUCAACAAAUUUCAGGAUAUUAUCGCGGGAAUGGAUCUCCGUAAUUAA